CAAAAAGAAAAGAUUUGCAUCAUUUUCCAUUGACUUGACUAGUCGAAUAGAGGUGUCGAUCCCCUUGGAGGAAAUGAAUACCUAGCUAUAGCUUGUUUUUAAAUUUAGAAGGCAGGCAAAUACGAGAGGUAACAUAUUAUACAAAACAAGCUUGAACAUGACAUCCUCAUCCUCUGUUCUAAUUGCUUCCAUUGUGGCAACAGUCAUAUGGGUUACUAUUCUUACUGCGGCCUUGAUAAUGGUAGCAGUAGCAGAGUCGCAAGAAUCAGAAGCUCAGGCAUUGUUGGAUUGUGGGUGGUGGAAUGACUAUGUUGACAUUGAUGAUCACUGUAGCUGGCCUGGUGUAACAUGCAACCAUGAUAGAAGCGUCAUCGAGAUUAGCCCUCAAAUUUAUUUAAAUUUGGGAGAAAGAUUUACAAAGUUGAACUUUUCUGCCUUCCUCAAUCUUCUUCGGCUUGAUCUUAAUAACCAAGGGCUUAACGGAAGCAUCCCUUCUGGUUUGGGUCAUCUAACCAAACUAACAACACUGUCUCUUGGAAGCAACCAACUUAGUGGAUCCAUUCCACCAGAAAUUGGGAAGCUACAUAAUUUGGUUGUUUUGAAUCUUUCCAGCAACUCUCUCUCAGGUCCAUUAUCUACCAUUUUAGGUCUUUCAUCCGACUUGAAUUACCUAAAUCUUCGGAAAAAUCAUAUCAUUGGUUCUAUCCCCUUGGAAAUAGCAAACUUGAAGAAUCUCAGCUACCUAAAUAUGGGGGGAAACCAAAUUCAUGGUCCCCUACCUCCUACUUUGGGUUUAAUACCUGGAGACAUUGCGAAUGCAGAAUCUUUGAAAUUCUUAAAACUUAUGCGGAACAGGUUUAGUGGAGAGAUACCUUCUGAGCUUGGGAACUUAACAAAUCUAGUUACCUUGGAUCUCAGCCACAAUCGUCUUACAGUGGAGUUGUCCUUAAGCAACAACUGCUUAACUGGAAGCAUCCCCAUUCACGUUGGUCAUCUCUAUAGACUCUCACGAAUUGAUAUUAGCUACAAUUUCAUCGGUGGAAAGAUACCUUCCCAACUUGGGGAUUUACCAAACUUGGAGACCUUGAAUCUUAGUUACAAUAAUCUCUUAGGUCAAAUUCCAAUUACAUUGCUUCAUUUUCCAAAAAGUUCUUUCAUAGGAAAUAAGGGAUUAUAUCAUCGUCAUCUUAGCAACAAAGCGUUGAGGCGUGUUAAAAUUAUUCUUCCCACCACCAUUUCUGUUGUCUUGGUAUCUCUUGCUUUGUUGUUGCUUUCUAGAAGAAAACAUGGAGCUAAAAGUAGGGAAGCAUAUCCAAGUCCAACAAAAAAUGGGGAUAUAUUCUCAAUAUGGAACUUUGAUGGAAGGAUUGCAUAUGAAGAUAUCAUUGAAGCAACUGAGGAUUUUGACAUCAAAUAUUGCAUUGGCACUGGUGGCUAUGGCAGUGUUUAUAGAGCACAAUUGCCAAGUGGCCAAGUAGUCGCUUUGAAGAAACUACAUCGGAGGGAAGUAGAGGAGCCAACCUUUGAUAAGAGUUUCAAGAAUGAGGUUAAGAUGUUGACAGAAAUACGACAUAGGAACAUUGUUAAGCUUCAUGGAUUCUGCCUGCAUAGGAGAUGCAGGUUUUUGGAUCCUGAUUCAUCCAAUUAUACCGUACUUGCUGGCACCUAUGGUUACAUUGCCCCAGAACUUGCCUAUACGAUUGCUAUGAGUGAGAAGUGUGAUGUUUUUAGCUUUGGAGUUGUGGCAUUAGAAGUAUUGAUGGGAAGGCAUCCUGGAGAACUGUUAACAAUGUCAUCAUCACCAUCAUCUUUGCAAAAUGCGAUGCUAAGUGACAUAUUAGAUGUGCGCUUAUCCCCUCCAAGAAGUAGAAAUAUUAUCCAGAAUAUUUUGGUUGCUGCUACACUUGCAUUUGCUUGCUUGCAUGCAAAACCCAAAUCUAGGCCAACAAUGAAAUUUGUGUCUCAACAAUUUGUUGCCCGUCAAAGACGACUCUUGAAGCCUUUUCCAACUAUUUCUCUAUUGGAACUGGUGAAUAGUGAAUUGGAGAUGAAAAAUGGAAUAGAAUCUCAACCAAAGGUUUCUAGUCAUCCAGUCAAGUCUCAUGGUUCUUCUUCAAAUGAAAUUCUUGAUGUCUAAUUCUAGAAGUGAACAGGCUACCUUGUUUUGAUAAGGGAUAGUCAAUAAAAUAACUUCCUCCUUUGGUUAAUAAAAAGAAGUACCCAUA